AUGCACAGGCACCGACUUUUCCUACAGCACAGCAAGCUUUACCGAGGGUUUGCCUACUUUUGCAUUGCAUUACUCUUUGUUCUGGAUUGUUUCUGCCUUAGAACGCUGCUGUCAUACCAAAAUCCCCAGACAUUCAUAUUCAACCACAUCGCGUUGAUUAUACUUGUUUGGAUGUCGCAUGCAUUGCUCUAUCUGUCUAUCGUUCUGUCCCAGCUACUGUUGGAUAGUGCUGGAUGGAUACCUUUCUGGGACACACAAAAGGACAGCGCAUUGCUCUGUGUUUUUCUUAUUUCCGAAUUUCUCUGCAUUGUUCUGUCAGUUUGUCUGAUGGCAGUGUUUCCCAGCCUGGGUGUCUUCUCUCUACUUUUCGUUUUAGGAUUUGCCCUGAAGCUCAUAUGCUCGCUACUUGCGUGCUCCACAGUGGCACAGACAUUGCACUGUCCCUUGAGUGCCAAGGAGUGUACUUACGAAUCAGUGCUAGAGUGCAAACAGACAAUCAUAUCGUUAAAAUAUUAG